UGCCUAAUAUAAAAGGGAAGUACAUAAUUGUCGCGCAAUAUGGUAGACAGUUUCUCGCCUAAGCCAUUCCCCGAAGCAAGCGCUGUUUGAAGCUGCCCCAAGCGGCAACGUAAUAUUAACAUGACGAGAAGAAUCAUGGCGAUUGCUACAGUAUUAAGGAUAUCGUUGGCUGCUUAUUUAACUUUGAUUUUAGGAACGAGUUUUGUUUCAGCUGUAAAUCAAACUGCAUCUCCAUCUACGGAUAGUGCGCCCACUUCAUUAGAAAGGGGGACAGAAGACACAUUCACUAGCGCAACCUUUUUGGAGGUGGACACUUUCUCGCCAGAAGUCACAACUGAUCUAGCGCCCUCUGUUGUCACGUCAGCCACUACAGCACUUUUGACAGAACUUGGGAUUACGGCGUCCGCCGUAACAUCAGUGGAUGGAAAUUCUACAAAAUCGUCUGGAAUUUCAUCAUCUCAAGGCGGAAGAGAUGAGUUGAGAACUCUGAUAACGUCCACAGAUGUUUCUACCAUAUUUCCCGACCAAAAUGGUGUCUCUACGGAAGGGACAGGGCCCUAUGUGCCGUGGACACCAGACGGAGUCGACCCAACAACUACCUUUGCUGAUGUCAGUCGGCAAACUACACCGUUGCUGUCACGCCCGGUCAUUGACCUCGCUAGCAUCCAAGUAACCCCUGACUCAAUCACUCUGUGCCUCAUUGAACCCGUUGGACCUGAGGGUUCUAUCUACUACUUCCUAGUCACCAAGUCCUACUUAGACGAAACCCGGACUUGGCAUAAAGAUCACUUUCUGAACGGCACAUCUGUCUGUAUGGCUAAACAUGGUCUCACCUCAGCGGUGAUGUAUAGCGUGAACGUAGUUGCACGAGAUGAUGAUUUUGGCAGAUCUGCAAGUGAUUUUAUUAAUAUCACAACAGUUUUUCAUAAACUCAACUUUCCGGAUCCAGAGUUGCAGCUCCUUGAUGGCAAUGUUACCAAGGCAACCGUUCAGUGGUUCUUUGAGAACCAAACCAACAUCAACAAGUACAUAUUUUCCUACAACCAAACAGACAGUUAUCCCGGUGGGUUUAAACAUUAUCGAUCCGAUGACCUGGCCGGAACAAAGCAACACAUCACCCUAUAUGGGAUCUAUCCAGGGGCACGGUAUGAACUCAACAUACAAGCAUUCAGCGGGCCGCUGUCAACCACUAUUUACAGAGAGUGGUUUCCAGAAACGGAACCUCCAUCAAAUGUAAGGGUAUUUAACACCACAGCAAACAGCUUCAGACUAGAGUGGAUCUUCCCUCCACACACCCCACCCCUUCUGGUAAAUUACUUCUCCAUCUCCUGCAAAGCGCAGAACUACAGAUUCAAACCAUCGAUGACAUGGCAAACCAGAGAGACUUUGUUUCUUGUGAGUGAGCUAUUACCUGGUGUUACUUAUGGAUGUUCAGUAGUCACUGUCAGCAGAAAUGGGAAAUCAAGCUAUCCCCAAAGCAUGACUGUAGACACUGGUGUUUUGCCACCCACAGGUAUCAGGAUUAGUGAGCGAACCAGCUCCACCUUCACGAUACAAUGGGACACACCAGAGGGAAACUACCAACAUGUCAUAGUCACUUGCUCUCAAUGCCUUCAUAAUGAACAGGUCAUUGGUUCAGGGAGUAACACAGCUAGGUUUGAAGGGUUGAAAUCUGGGAUUCAGUACAAUGUCACAUUGGAAACAAAUGCUCAGUCGUCCAGGAGUGACCCAAAUCUGUUCAACGUACUGACAUUGCCAAUGGGUCCAUCGAGCCUCAUUGUAUAUGUCCUGGAUGACAUCAAGCUACAGCUAGUUUGGACCAGCAAUAAUUGCCAAGGUUGUGUCGUGGACUUCUACAGAGCUACCCUCUUCCUUUCUGGGACAAAUCAUCAAGUCGCUGUUAAGAAUGUUCCAUGUAAAGGAAGAGAUUGUCAUUUAGUGUUUGAUCAUGAGCUACUACCGGGGCAGGAAUAUAGGGCUGAGGUGAGGGCAGACAGGGGAGGACUUCUCAGCUUGCAUCCAGUCACAGCCAUACAACGAAUACCACCAGCUGUCCCUGGUCCAAUCACCUUCAAGUCAGCUACCCACAGUCUGCUCCACAUGGCCUGGACACCCCCUAGGGGCAUUGUGGAUCGAUACAUCAUCGGGAUCUGCGAGGCAGAUCAGAUCCGAUCCUCGACUGCCUGUGAUACCUACCAAGUUGAGGUGAACUCUUCAAUAACAGACUUUAGGUGUAUUAAGUUGAAGACUAGUACGAGAUACAACAUCACAUUGACUGCUAAGUCUGAUACUCUCAUCAGUAGAUUGAGAUGGGUCAUCAAAUCAACUACCUCCCAUUACCCUAAAGCCGAUGAUGACCCUCCUAAAGCACCGAGUAGCACCAAUGACAUCACUCCUUACACCUUCCCUGUGACCUUUGACACGUCCUACUUUGACAACUCUGAGAGGGAUAUUGUGAACUACACUGUUCUGAUUGCAGAAGCAGGAGCUGUUAGCCACGCUGAUCUGCCGACCCAAGGGAAUUUGACUGAAGGGCUAAAGACUCGUACAUGGGCAGUAGCCAUCGAUCAAGAAACAAUACAACGUUACCAGAUUGCUGAACACUACUCUUAUGCUGAUCUUACUGCAGAAUCCGGUAAGAGAGAAGCCUACGCUAGUAGAACGAUUGUCAUUGGUGAAGAGUCCUGCUCUGAAGAGAAUAAAGACGUCUAUUGUAAUGGACCCUUGAAGCACAACAGAAUAUACGUCUACCAGUUCCGAGCGUUCACUAAAACCGGCUACUCCGAUACUCCGUUCUCCAGACAUGUUCUCUUACCGGAGGAUAACACUGGAGUUGUUGUAGGCAUCAGUGUCAUCCUGGUCCUGCUCUUUGUUAUCGUCCUUGUCCUCAUUAGCAUAAUCAUGAUACGCAAAUUCAGAGGUACAUACGGACGCUACAAGCCAGCUCACUCCAUGGAGCCAUUACCCAUCAGGAUGAUGACCCGCGCAUCAACCCGGCAGCGGAAUUCCCGUCCGGUCCUAUUGACAGACUUCUGUCAUGACUUCCAAGUAAUGAAUGCCCAUUGUCAUUAUGGAUUCUCACAGGAAUAUGAAGUUAUGGUUAAAGUGGGUCGUAAACUAUCCAGUAAUGCCGCUGUGCUGGCUGCAAAUGUUAGUAAGAAUCGCUACACUAACAUUCUCCCAUUUGAUCGAACUCGAGUCAUGUUGAGUCCAGUGGAUGAUGUUGAGGGUUCAGACUAUAUCAAUGCUAAUUACAUACCUGGUUACAACUCACCAAGGGAGUACAUCGCCUGUCAAGGCCCCUUGCCAGGAACAGUAGAUGAUACAUGGAGGAUGGUCUGGGAGCAAGACGUGGCUACUAUUGUCAUUCUCACACAACUCCUCGAAAAAGCUACGGUGAAAUGCGAUCAGUAUUGGCCCGAAGACAACACUCCCUUGCUGUAUGGAGACAUUAAGAUCCUGAUGAGUCAUAAAGAAGAAAUGGAGAAUUGGUGCAUCAGGGACUUUACUCUUCAAAUGUUUGAGACCACAAAGCAAGUCAGGCAGUUCCACUACCUUGCAUGGCCAGACCAUGGGGUACCAGACUCCAGUUCCACAUUAAAAAAUUUCAUCCACACAGUUCGAGAACAGAUUCCUAGCAACGGAACACCGACCAUCGUUCACUGCAGCGCUGGCGUCGGCCGCACUGGGACGUUCAUUUGUUUAGAUCGUCUGAUGAGACACAUGGAGGAUUAUAACUUUGUGGACAUUCUACGCAUUGUGUGUGAUAUGAGGAGUCAUCGUAACUUCAUGGUGCAAACAGAGCAACAAUACGUCUUCAUCCACAAGUGCAUUCUGGAGAUCCUGGAAGAAAAAGGUAUCGCCCCAAAACGUCUGCCAAGCAUCUCCUCCUUAGACACAUACGACAUGAACUCACGCCUGGGAAGUGAUGCAUCAGCCAUCAAACGUCACUCAGAGGGUGACGUUAUCAUGCGUCGGAGUUCUGUUGGUAGCGAGGACGACACGCUAAAGAGAAUGUCCAUGUAUAGCAUGGGAUCACCUAAGAGGUCUUUGAUUGAAGAUGACACUCGUUCCAGAUCCCAUAAGAAGUCUGCCAAUGGAGGAAGUAAUGGCUCACCUAAGAGGUCUUUGAUUGAAGAUGACACUCGUUCCAGAUCCCAAAAGAAGUCUGCCAAUGGAGGAAGUAAUGGGUCACUUAAGAGGUCUUUGACUGAAGGUGACACUCGUUCCAGAUCCCAAAAGAAGUCUGCCAAUGGAGGAAGUAAUGGCUCACUUAAGAAAUGCGCAAAUGGUAGUAGUAACGGAUCCCCCCAAAAAUGCGCAAACGGUAGUAAUAGGGGAUCCCCAAGAAAUAGCGCAAAUGGUAGUAUCAACGGGUCACCAAAGAAAUGCGGCAUUGAAAGUAGUAACGGAUCCCGUAGGAAUAGCGCAAACGCGUCACCAAAGAAAUGCGCAAACGGUGGUAGUAACGGAUCCAUCAAAAAACAUCCCAAUGGGAUCAAAACAGACGUCAGUGAGGAAAUUGUUUGAGAGCUUUUAGCUCAGUCUGGUAUUGCACUGCCUUGACCCUGCUCAUUUCAAAUAGCCACUUAAGACCCCGUCAUCACUCUUUAAUUUCCUUAUUAACCGUUUAGAGGCCAUAGCGGCACGUGCAGCUAGUACGGAAAGGCCUCAAACCGCCACAAGAUAUGACCUACUUAUACUCGGACAGAGCAAGUGGUCAAAGAAAAACUCAUGUACCCAAUUGACAUUGUUCAACGUUUCCCAUGUUAACAUCUUAAUAUUUUUCCUGACAUUUUUUUUGACAAUAGCAGAGUCAAAUAAUGACCAAGUUUAGCAAUAUCUGGAUAAUAUUGAUAAGUGUACAGAAUGAAUGCUCUUAAAGCCAUUAUACACUUUUGUAACAGCAAAAAGAAUUUCAAUUCUCGAUAUCGAGAAUUACGGAUUUAUU